CGAUAAACCUAUACAACUUUAAAUUAUUCUACACAUCCAUCUCAACAAUAUCACAUUCAUUGGCCUCGCUACAGUCUUACACAAUUUCAAAAAAGAAUACGUACUUAGUUGUUGUAAAGUCUUACCUACAUAUACAAUGAAAUACGACAUGACUUUAGGUAUACUCGUGCUGAUCAUUUCAUGUGUCUUUUUCGUUACCCACAGUUUUGGACAAAUCACUGAAGCCUGCUUAGACGAAAUAAUUAAAACAAAUAUCAUGCUUAAAGCUUUAACAGUAACUAGAAAAGAAGGUAAUAAAAAUUGGAAUGGAAAAAUUAAGGAACACGAGUUAAAACGAUUUGGUGACAUGAAUUUUAAUACUCUUAUAUCAGAAGAAGACAAAAUUGAGGAGAUAACCAAUCUUUUGAUUCAAGAUUGCAAGGGAAUAAGUGGAGUAUUUACUAAAACUCUUAUUCCAAAUGGAAAUGACAAUUCAUCUGGAAGACUAAAGAAAGAAUUGAAAAUUCAAAAAUUUAUACGUGAUGUUGUGGGUUUCAAAGAAAACCAACUAAAAAAAAACGAUAAAGAUGUAGAGAAAAUGGAGAAGAAGGAACGUUACGUAUACUUUACCAAGCAAAUGAAUAAACAAAUAAGGCAAGAAUCCGCAAAUAAAAGCGAUUAUAUCAGUGCCAUGGCGGAACGCAAAACAGCAUUAAAUGAUUACAUAAAAACAGAAAAGAAUAAUAGAAAAACAAUACAAAUGUGUAAUCCGGAUUCGACGAAAUGUAUAUUGAUGGGCUUACAAAAAACUUUAGACGCACUGCCGGAUGUGUUUAACAUUUAUACAGCUAAAUGUGAUGGAGAGAUUUGUCGGAUUACUUUGAUACAAGACCGUGUGAAGACAACCCCGAUUUAUUCAGAACACAUCGAUGAAAUAAAUAGUGAAGACGAAUAUGAGUCAACAGAAUUGGUUACAGACGAGGCCGGCAAGUCAGGGAAAGAUGAGGCCGACAAUUCAGGGCAAACAGAAGACGAGGCCGAAAAGUCAGGGCAAACUGAAGGUACGGAAGAGCAUAUUUAAUAUUUCUUUCAUUGUAAAACUAAAAUUGUGUUUUAUUUACCUGUGUUUUACAAUAGAUUAUAUAUACAAUAUACAAUAUAUACAAUAAUAUAUCAAUAUACACGUUUGAGUGAAAAUAA